AACAUCUUGAAAUGAAAUGAACCUUUCACAGGUAGCUCAUUCAGUCAGUAGCACUGCAGGGUGAAAAUGUCCCAUAUGAAGAUCAGCCACAGAGACACAGACCCUGGGCACUGAGGGAGACAUAUUCAGCCUCUAUGCAAAUCACUGAAAGACAAAAAUCCAAUGAAAUAAACCCUAAACUCAUUCUUAUAGUUAAAGGCAGCUUUUAUACGUAUAUGUGUUCUUUUUUUUUACAUAAGCAUCACCACCUUUGGAAACAGCUUGAAAUUUUGUUACAAUCAAUUGGUGGUAAAACUGAAAAGGAUCUUAAGAAUUAGGCAUUAAAUUUCAGAAUUAGGCAUUAAAGUCGAUUAAACAAGGUUUUGAAUGGGGUGGAGAGGAGAAGCUUUGUGUACUGAGUCAUAAAUGAUCAAUAGAGUUUACCCCAUUAAAUAUUUGAUGUGGACCGCUAUUAAAGAGUAGGCACUGGCAUAAAUAAAUCACAGCUCUGAUUCAAGAUGAAUGUUCCCAUCUUUAAAGGAAUGAGUAACUUAGCUAAAUAUGUUUUAAAAGAUAGGGGAGAAGAGACAAAAAUUAAACAAAGAUUCUGCCUUUCUUGGUAUUUCUUAAAUACUGCUUGCUGUGUUCAGGGCCUUAUUCAGGUGGUCAGGAAUAAGCUCUGGGAUAGCUUAUGAGAUCUAAAAGGAAGUUUUAAAAGUCACACGCUGAGGUCAAAAUGAGGCUCUUGAAUGUAUGGUCCACACAUGCACAGACACACAUGAUUUUCCACUUCCACAUUAAUUAUCCUUGAAAAACUUCAACUGUAACUUGGGCUACUGAAUUCUGGGAGAGAAAAACAGUUGAAAACAAGUGCAGCCAACACCAUGCUGAGUGUAAGUUCUGAAACAAAAUAUAAGCUACUAUUGAAAUUUGUAGUACCCUGCCUUUCCAGAUCACACGCAUCCUUGCUGAGACCAAGGCUCAUGAGGAAGCAGACACAAAGGUUCAGCCAUCUGCUCUACAAGGUGUUGAAAGUCAUCUCUGAAAGAAUCUUCCUGUUCCCAAAUUUCAUGUAGCUCUCAGUGGAGUUAAGUAGGGAUAUGGAAAGUCUAUAUUCUGCCAAAUUCUGUGAACCAAAUGAAAUGAAGAUUAGAGGAAAGCCCUUGUUCCUUAGAAUGUAUUGCUCUAACUACAGCAAACCAAGCCAAUUCUGAAGAACAACGGAUACUGCCUGUGGUGAUACUAAGAAACCCAACAGUUAGCCCUCAUCCAAAAUGAGACACUAAAGAGAAUCACUUUGCUGACUUCAGUAGACUUCGGAUCAAGCCUCUGAUCUCUGAAACCAUUUAAUACAUUUCACAAGCUUUUGAAAAGUGGUAACAAACAUAGUCUGAAAAAUGUGGAAGCAGGUCUUGGUUUGGAUGAAGUACCUGAAUCUUGGGAUGCCACGUAGGACUGUGGGCUUUGGCAGCUCCAAUCUUAGUCUAACCUUAGCUAUAUGAUACCUGUACCAAACCUGAGAGAAAACCACACCAAGGCAUAUCAAAGGUGGUCUUCUGUUGUUUCUAUGUCCACAUAUGAGUCAUACAAAGCUGCUCAGAGAGAAAAAUAGCUGUUCUUGACCCUAGUGAUGAUUGAUAAACAGAUUUCUUGAACUGGCAGGAUUAAAAUUUGCACAAGCUACACAAGGAGUUCUCUGAUCUUCAAGUAAGCCUUUGGUUAAAGAUGUAUAACCCUUUCUUCUCUCAGUUGUUUUUGAUAUGCGUGCAGAGAACUGUAGGAGCAGGAAACACUGAAAUACACGGGAUCUAACUGUACCUAACUGCACAUGGCAUGUACUGCCCUUUCUUAUUCUAGAGACGUAUUUGAAGAAAGAGUUCAACUGGAAAGACAGUGACUGUGUUCAUAUGUCCCAGCCCUCCCCUGGAUAUUUGAUUUACAGUGUAUUCCAGGAAACAGAAGAAAAGAAGCAUGCUUUCUGUCUCAGGGAGCAGUAAAGGAAACAGCCCUUGCAAGUGGAAGAACCCCUGUAGAAUAUUGUCUCUUUCCUCCCCCAGACUCAUAGCGUAUAUAACCCAUCGUGUAUAGCAACACUGAACUGUGGCAAAUAACAGAGCUGAGGGUGUUGGCCCUGUUAACCGAAAGUGGCUGGCAUGCUCUGAUCUCAUUCUGUCAUUGUUCAUGCCCUGCCACUUACCUAUUGUUGAAUACAUUAUUACAUCAUGUCUAUUAAGAGCUGCAACAAACUGUUCUGUUGUUCUCUGCCAGCAAGAUAUGGUGGAAAAGUUCCUCAAAGAUUUUUUUUUUUUUCUGUGCUUGUGUGGGCUGAAUACAACCCAUAAGGCUCAAUGUGUGGAGAAAUCCCACUAUUGCCAAGCUAUUAAAAUUCACCUUCACUGAGUGUUGAUUCUGACAUGAGUAUGUCAGUGAGAGGGAAACUGUAAUUAGUCCGAUUGCUUAUAUUCAAUUGCCUCACAGCUAACUUAGAUUAAGUUAAGGGUUUGCCUCCUUUAAGGGUUGGCCUCCUGUUUGCUGUGUCUCCUUGCAAUGCUUGGGGGACAUAGCAUAUGAAGGCAGCCCCAGCACUGAUGCAAGGAGCUGGCUGCUCCCUGGCUGAACUCUGCCUGGGCACUGCAUGUCACAUGUGUUUCUACCACCCACAGCUGCACCAGGAGAUGCUGGUGUGGGUUUUGCUCUGUUGAGAGCAUGCUGUGCCCAGUCAACCUGGUAUAGGAGUGUCUGGGAGCUCAGGGCUGAAAAGGGGAAGAGAGUCCUGGGAGUGAGCAGUUUCAGGUUUCACCCCUGCCAAACUGUCUGAGACAAAGAAUGGCAGUGAGGCCUGAAAUAAAAGAGUUUCAAGUUGCCAGCACUUUCCAUUUCUCUUGGUAUUUCAGUGUUUCCACUGCUUGCUCUUGGCUACGACCAAGCAGUGCAUACAGUGUGAAUAGAUUAAAAUAGACAUUUUCAGCUUUCUACAGAUUUUGGGAGUCGCUCUGAGUUGUAAUCAGGGGCCUUGUUCAUUAUAAUAAACCUGUCCUGUGGCUCUGAAACUGGUAUCCACUCUUCAUCAAGAAGUAACUGUCAGAGUCUGUCAUCUCAAACUUAAUGGGCAAAUUUCUUUUCCUUUUUCUUCUUUAUUUUGAAGAUCUGGUUUCACUUAGAUGAAUUAAAUGCCAAUAUAUCUCUUACGGGGAAUUGUUUCAGUGUAGAUUACAGCACAGUUGCAUUACUUUAAGAUGCGUGCAAACGUCUGCUGCUUCGUGCUAUUUAUAUCCAUCUUAUAAAAUGUUUAAUAAACACUUAUAUACUGAUAUUCCAGGUCUUCUUUCUGCACUGAGGUUUUGAAUAUAAAGUCCAAGAAUUAUCCUUUUCUCCAGCUACAAGCUUAACCCAUUGAAAGUGUGCUCUUAUUUCUGUAUUUGGAAUCUUUGCAGUUGAAAGACCUAUAUUCACAAAAUGAUAGACAGGAAUGGUGUUCCUUGUAAGACGAUGCUCUCAGAACUGUGUAUUUCCAAUCUAACAGUCACACUGCUGGUUGAACUGCAGCCCUGCCAACCUCUGCUGCAUCCAGUCAUCUAAUCUGAAAUUUCCAAUGAACAGAGGACACAAAUAGCCCCUGGGACCACAAGUGCGUUGCGUAAGCUGAUGCCACAAGGCAGAUAUGAGAAAGAUGACUGAACAGAGUGGAUGCUAUAGGCCUGUAAAUAUACAGGGAAAUAAGAUCAGUUACAAAAGCUCUUGUAAAAAAAGCCCAGAAAUGGGGAUGAAAAGACAGCAGAAGCGGUUUCUCCACAAGGACGGCAGCUGCAAUGUGUACUUCAAACACAUCUUUGGGGAAUGGGAGAGCUACGUGGUGGACAUAUUUACCACCCUUGUGGACAUCAAGUGGCGUCACAUGUUUGUCAUCUUUUCCCUGUCUUAUGUUCUGUCAUGGCUGUUCUUUGGCCUGGUCUUCUGGCUGAUAGCAAUGCAACAUGGAGAUUUAGUGAAUGACGAAGAAACAACCCCCUGUGUUGCAAAUGUCCAUAGCUUCACAGGGGCAUUCCUAUUCUCCCUUGAAACCCAGACAACCAUUGGUUAUGGUUAUCGCUGUGUUACAGAGGAGUGCUCUGUGGCAAUCCUGAUGGUUAUCCUGCAGUCAGUACUAAGCUGCAUUAUCGACACUUUCAUCAUCGGAGCAGCCUUGGCUAAAAUGGCCACAGCUCGAAAAAGAGCUCAAACCAUUCGUUUCAGCUACUAUGCUGUGGUAGGCCUUAGGGAUGAUAAAUUUUGCCUGAUGUGGCGCAUUGGCGAUUUCCGACCAAACCAUAUGGUUGAGGGCUCAGUAAGAGCUCAGCUCCUGCGCUACAAGGAAGACAAGGAAGGAAGGAUGACAAUGGAAUAUAAGGACUUGAAGCUGCUGAAUGACCAGAUCAUACUUGUUACACCAGUGACAGUAGUGCAUGAAAUUAAUAGUGAGAGUCCUUUGUAUGAUCUGGACCGGAAAGCUUUGGCCAAGGACAACUUUGAGAUCUUGGUCACAUUUGUCUAUACGGGGGAUUCAACAGGAACUUCACAUCAGUCAAGAAGCUCAUACGUGCCCAGAGAAAUUCUCUGGGGCUACAGGUUUAAUGAUGUCUUACAUGUAAAGAAAAAGUACUAUAAAGUGGAUUGCUUGCAGUUUGAAGAAACUACAGAGGUUUAUGCUCCUCACUGCAGUGCUAUGCAGUUGGAUCGGAAGGAGCAAGAAUGGAAUCGAACGGAGAAGACACUGGAAAAAGAAGCAGAGAAAUCAGGGACAGAAAUCAAAUCAUUUAGUGAAAACCAGAAAUCGUUUAGUGCAGUUGCCCUCAUCACUAGUUGUGAAGAUCCAGAUGACCCAGUGGCAACUGUCAGCCAGCCUUCAGGAGAAGCUUCUUAUCAGAAAGCAGCUGUGACCUUAAGCAGACUAUCACUGGAGUCACAAAUCUAGCUUUUCCACUGCAACUAAAAUCAGUUCCAACAACUUCUCCUAGCAUAGCUUUUAGAGUAUAAACAAUGAACUCAUGUGCACAAGUAUUUACAUUACAAGCCUCAUACUGUCAGCAUGCCUACAUUACAAUACUGAGCUGCUAAAAGGAGCUUCAUAAUGGUUAGUGUGGGUAUAUCAGUAACAGAUUAGUGCUGGCACAAGAAAGCAGCUUAUAUUUGGGUUGACUAGACAGCUACUGUGCUUGAGCAAACUUAUUCUAAACUUUAUUACCCUGCAGGGACUAAUGUUGAAGACACCCAGAGAGAGAUAAUGAUCUAGGCAGAGAACAAGAACAAUGAAGUGUGCCCUCUAGGUCAGAUAUUUCAAAGCUGCCUAAUUUACUUGGGAGCUCAGUUCCCUGUCCCUCUGCAAGGCUCUGAAAUUCGCCUACCAUCACAGAAAAUAAUUGCUCUUGUGUGUCAAUUGCCCCUCUCUGGUGGUUCAAGUGAAGCCCCUUUCCUGGGGUUGCACUGAGGAACGUGCAGGGCUGUUCCAUGUAAGAGGAAGCAAACUGGUGGUAAUGGAGUCCAGUGUUACUGGGUAGCUUUGAGAACCUGCUUAUACCCUCAGUUCUGUGAGAUACCCAACAAGAUCCUGCAGAGCAUUUCUUUAUCAUGAGCUGCUCCCAGUAAUGCCACAGCCUCACAAUUCAAUCUAUGUGCUAUGUCAGCUGCAUGCUAUGGUGCUGCAUGCAGUCUUGUCUAUGUCAGCAAUGAGUGCUGGUCAAAUGGGCUCCUUUGCACUCUUCAGCAAUCAAAAUAGAACCUUGAGUCUGAGAUAACAAUCAGCACAAUCGUGUUAAGCCUCAGGACAGAUCAGCCUGCUUUUAGAGGGAGCUUUGCAAUUUUUAAAGUCAAAAUAUCAUCUUUUCAGUUCAGAAUGCCAGUCUUGCUUUUGCUUUUAUUGUGUUACACUGCUUUAAAAAGAAAGUGUUCAAUCUAGAGACCAAACGGCAUGAUUUUGUCAAAAUGAAAUAUGUUUAUUCAUCUGAAAUGGCCGUAAAAAUGAUCCUUUGCAGAGAAAUUCAACACACUCAUCUGUCAGCUCCAUUUGCAAAUGAAAAAGCAAGAAAAUGUCAGUGUUUUGAAGCUGUCCGUGACAUGGAAGUCACACCCCCUGCACACCUCUGUUAUCCAACAUGCAAUAUCUCAUCAUGCUUUUUUUUCCCCCCUGAUGAGGAUCACAUCUAAUUUGUGUUAUGUUUCAUUAUCCUGCUGAUGUAAAAGGUAUUGUCUCUGAAUUGUGUCUGAGUUUAUGGUUGCCUAAAAUGGAAUUUGUCUCACCUGACCUCAGCCACCAAGAGGUGAAUUACUGCCUACUGACCAAGGCUCUCUGUAGUUGCUGUAGCUUUGUUCUGUCUUCACACAGGAGUCCAUCCCAUCCCCACCUGAGUGGCAGGGGAGCUGAAGGCAAUAGGAUGGUGUUAUCCUGGAAGUGCUCAUCCAUCCCUGUUUGCUUUUGAAGGAGAUGAGACGACUGUUUUGGAAAUGCUGGCUAACUUUAAGCUGCUAAAAUUAGGUCUGAUGAGUCAUUCCCAACGUGCUGACUAAUUCAAAGUUUUUAUGAGCUAAUCACAUUUAAUGAAAAGAAAACCA